ACCUGAAACCUAUAAAACACACACAUGCACACACACACUUACCUGUACAGCUCUGCAAAUAUGAAGAAUCUACCUGGACUACUGGUUCUCUUUUUGUGUGUGCAUUCAGUGGACACACUGAAAUGCUAUGUGUGCAGUGCCACCAAUAGCAAUGAACAGUGUAACCAGAACAGCCAAGACUGCAACCCUCCCUUGGAUACCUGCAUGUCCACCAUUGACACUAUGAAUGGGGUGAAAGCCAUUGUGAAACAGUGUGCCAGCAGGGCCACUUGCUCAGGGGCGGCAGCCAGUGCAUCAGUGGACAACGCUGGGAAUGGCAACAAGGUCAACUGCUGCUCUUCACGGCUCUGCAACUACAGCGGAGCGGCCAACAUCAGACCCCACACAUGGCUGCUGGCGCUGCCUAUCUCUCUCCUCACUUUCACACUAUUAGGCCUACAGUCUAACUGACCAGUAAGCAGAUGUGUUCUGUUAAGGUGUUUGAAGCUGUUACAGUCAACAAUGUCUCGUAUGUAAAUGCAUUUUGUUAUUACUUUGUUAUUUUUUCCAAAUAUUUAUGCUUGUAUUAUGUUAAAACGUUUGACAGAAGAUUCUAGUAAAUCUUUCCAAAACAUC